AGUAAAUUAUACACUACCAUACAUGAACUUUAAUAGUCCUUUGCUGUUGAUUGUAAAAUACUCAAACACAUAUAUGAUUCCUUUUAUCGUUAUGAUGGGCGUAGUUGGAAACAUUUGCUCCUUCUUGGUUUUUGUCUUCUCAAAACUCAACAAGAUAUCGACGUCAAUUUAUCUGGCAGCUUUGUCAAUUUCUGAUACAGGUUUUCUACUGUGUGUGUGGAUUGGCUGGUUUGAUAUUAUUGGUAUCAGUUUCUUCCACCAAGAAGGAAUAUGUCAUAUAGUGGUUUUUCUAACAUAUGUUUUCGGUUUCACGUCAGUGUGGUAUGUGAACGCUUUUACCGCUGAUAUGUAUGUCGCAGUAUUCUAUUCAUCUCUGGGAUCUAAGGUAUGUCGUCCAAAUUUUGCAAGAAAAGGAGUCGUUGGUUUAACUUCAUUUGCUGUCAUUUUCUACCUGUUCUCGUUCUGGACCUCCAAGAUUGUAACUGCACAGAACGGGAAGAAGAAAUGCGUGUCCGCUCCACAAAACUACGAACAAAUGAUGAUUUUCACCGUUUUGGAUACUUUGCUCACACUCAUUAUUCCGUUCUCGAUGAUAAUUUUCAUGAUCACACGAUUACUGAUAGAUAUCAGCAAAUUUUACCGUUCCAACAAUGAAGCUAACGACGAACAUUGCCACAGCGAAUCCUCCAACUCUUUGACCACAGGGGACCAUACUAGUGGCACAACAUCAUCAUCAACUCAACAAGGCAUGAAAGCUCAGUCGAAAUUGAAAAGAAUGAUCGUAGUGGUAAUUUUGGUUUUCCUUGUAUUGAACUUGCCAUGUCAUGUGAUCAGAUUGCAGUCGAUAUUGCGCAGUGCCUUUGAUAAAUCGUACCUUACAACAAGGAAUGAAAUUUUAUGGCAGAUGUUUUUUCAGAUCAUAUAUUACAUAAAUUUCAGUGUAAAUUUUGUACUCUACAGCGCUUGUGCAAAAAGUUUUCGAUCAGCAUUAAUGCGAUUUCCUUGGAAAGCAUGUGUUGUCAAAUGCCAUAAUUGUUGCCAUGGCUUCAAUAGAAUGGCAAGCUACAAAAUCAACAGUCAUAAAAUUAGAGCAUCAGAUGAAAACGACAAUGAACACAUUGGUGGCAAUGUACAUUCGCGGCUAGUUGAUAUCCAUUUGUCAGAGUUGCAUGUUUCCCAGAUUCCAUCAUUUGAAUCAGACUUUGUAUUGAUGUCACCACCAUGCAUGUUAAAGGAUAUUGCGGCAAGUUCAACUGCACAAACUCGAUUAUAAAGAAGAAUGUGUUCGAAGAUUGAACAAACUUGAUUAUAAAGAAGAAUGUGUUCGAAGAUAGCAAUAAAACGUUCAAUCGUUGUAGUGUCCUGACAAUGUUUAUACUCAUCAAAUUUAGUAUUGUAUCAUAAAGAGAGUGUCA